GGGGGGAGGAGGAGGGGGAGUUUGGGAAAGAAUGUGUGGAAUUCAUUUCCUGUUCUGCAGCUCUGAGAGUCAGAGCGACGGAGGAGACAGACGAGUCAUGGCCGAGUCUGAACUCACUCUGAUCUGAGACAUGAAGGAGAAGGAGCUCUGACUCCUCUCGGCUCCUGCUGGAUUACUCUGUCUGUGGAGGAGGAGGAGGAGGAGGAGGGGGUCCACCAUGGCCGAGCCCCUGCUGAAGAGGACCUUCUCUAGGCUCAGGGGCAAAGACAGAUCUCGGAGGAAGACCGAUCCCAAACUGAGCGAUGUUCCAGUCAAGUCUGACUCUGUCCAGAUGUCUCCAUCGCCAUUGUCGCCAUUGACGACAACAACCAGAACUGUGACACCGGCGGACCCUGACCCCCCCUCACCCCCACGCAACCACAUCACAGUCGCUAAGAAACAGCAGUGGGCUCUGCAGGGCUCUGCAGCUCCACUCACAUUUCUGUCCUCAAGCUCCGCCCACAGGCCCUCCACCCGGGACCGCCCGUCAGGGAUAUCCCAAGAUGCACCUGGCCAGGCCUGGAGCCAGAAGCUUGCACAGGACAAGACGGAGCAGUGCAGCGACAGGAUAUGCGUCAGUCUGGCCUUGGAUAUAACCAGCACCCCCUGUCUUCCUGUCAGUUCCUCAUCAGUACAGCAGGAAGCCUCCCCGCCAGCAGGGGGCUCCUCUGACAUUCCCACCACCUCUGUCAGCACCAAACUGUCUGGCCAGCGUGCCUACCUGCAGAGCCUGGAUCGCAGCAGCCGAGCCUGGGUGCUGUCGUCAGGAAAGUCCCAGGCCUUGGAUGAGGUCUGCAGGCUGCAGGAACAGAACGGCAGUAACAUCUGGUACAACCCAAUCCCUGAGGAGGAGGACACCGGGGGUCCACGCCGGGAGGAGGAGAUAUGGAGGAGAAAGGACGAGAGGGAGGAAGGAGGAGCAGUGAGGAGGGUGGGGCCAGGCGAUACCAGAGGAGAGCUUGGAGGAGUGUGGGUGGGGUCAGCAGAGGUUUGUAGCAGCAACUGUGCAUUGGAGGGCGCCAAUCCAAGUGUCAGCCACCAUAUUGACAACAUCACAGCAGACAACACAGAUUCCCCUGCCACAGACUCUAGCCCCGCCUCCCAAAAGAAAGGGGGCGUGUCUGGCAGCAUGAUUGACAGGCUGCGGUCUCCUGGUACGGUGAGGAAACUCUCCCUAAAAAUGAAGAAACUCCCUGAGCUACGACGCAAACUCAGCCUUCGCUCGUCCUCCCGCGCUCAUCGCCAGGGAAAUGACAGCAGAGGGGGCGGUGAUGAGUCGGCUGGAAAGACAAUGACAUCAUCAUCAGUGAUGUCCAACCAGAAUGUGAUCAGCAGAUAUCACCUGGAUAGUUCUGCCCCUCCUGCCCGACCCCUGCGACGAUCGUCCAGAGGUCGUUCUGCCAGUAAAGGAGGUUAUCUCAGUGAUGGGGACUCCCCAGAACUGUUGCCACGGCAACAAGGCUCUCAACCAACAACUUCCCAGGAAACAGCAUGCGAUGUCAGUUCAUUCCAGUUGUAUGUGGGUUCUGAUCCACCACGAUGCAGUCAACGGGUGACGGGGUUACUGACCAUCCACCUGCUGGGCCUGGAAGAGAUGAAGACCGGCAGGUCAGAGGGCAGUAAAGACAUCUUCCUGGCCAUCCAGAUUGACGGGGUGACCAGAGCCAGGACCGCCCUCCUGAACCUGCGAGGCCCCGCCCUCUCAUUGAACCACACCUUCCACCUGGAGCUGGAGAGGGCCCGGCAGCUCCGCAUCGUGGUCCUGACACCAGCCAGUCCUCAGGCAGUGGGGGGUACUAAACCAGGGACGGAUCAGAGCCAGACUUCAGGUGGUCCAACCAGGAACAGAGUCUGCUGCCUGGGUGGAGUCUCCAUCCCUCCACUCUUUAAAGGGAGUCGUAGUCAGCAGCUCUGUGUGAAGCUGGAGCCCCGAGGACUUCUGUACAUCAAACUGUCUCUGCAAGAAAAGUGGGUCACACAGCCCAGCAGGGACACAUCAGCACCUGCUAAUGUGUUUGGGGUUGAACUGCACCACCUGGUGGAGAAAGAAGGUUCUGCAGCUCCAGUCCCUCUGCUGAUCCAGAAAACUGUGGCAGAGAUAGAACAACGAGGGCUGAAGGUGGUGGGUCUGUACAGACUGUGUGGUUCUGCAGCGGUGAAGAAGGAGCUCAGGGAUUGGUUCGAGAGGAACAGUUCAGCAGUCUGUCUCAGCGAGGACCUCUACCCUGACAUCAAUGUCAUUACAGGUAUUCUGAAGGACUACCUGCGGGAGCUGCCGUCUCCACUCAUCACCAGGACUCUGUACCAGGUGGUCAGGGAGGCGAUGAUUCCUACGACCUCCACCUGCCCCGCCUGCAACCCUGACCCUCUGCUCGCCCAGAGUACCGUGGAACUGCUGUUCUGUCUACCGCCUCCAGAGAGGGCCACUCUGUCUCUGCUGCUGGACCACCUCAGCCUGGUGGCAUCCUUCAACUCGUUCAACAGGAUGACCCACCAGAACCUCGCCGUCUGCUUUGGCCCGGUGCUCCUCACCCCGACUCAGGAGGCCUGGAGGGGAGGAGUAGGAGGAGGGAGGGGAGGAAGGGGGGGAGGGAAAGGGUUGGGUCACAGUGAGGAGAUAGCGAGUGCAGUGGAUUUUAAACGACACAUCGAAGCGUUGCACUACCUACUGCAGCAGUGGCCAGUGCCGACACAUCGAGUCCCGGCAGACGAUCACGUCUGCUCCUCCCCUCCUCCCUCCCCUGUUCUUACCCAUAAUCCCCUGGGCUCUCAGCAGCAGUGGCAUCCCACUCUUCGAUUGGCUCUGCCUCCAAGCUCUGAGGAGGCGGUGGUGGUGUCACGUCGAGAUCGAGGUGGUCUGGCCCGGCUGGAGAGUCCACCGCCAAUCAACCGGUACGCCGGAGACUGGAGCAUCUGUGGUCGAGACCUCCUGUCCGGACAGGAGGCGGACUAUGACGAGGUGGCAGGAAGUGAGAGCGAUGGAGGUAGCGGGGAUGAAGAGGAGGAGGAGAAGAAGGAGGUGUGGUCAUCAGGAGGAGGAGGUCUGUACGUGGACGACUUCUUGGAUUUUGACGCUCCGUUUAACUGUCGACUUAGCCUGAAGGAUUUCGAUACCUUGAUCCACGACCUGGACCGAGAGCUGGCCAAACAGAUCAACAUCUGCCUGUAGAAGAGGAGGAGGAGGAGGAGGAGGAGGAUAAAUUGGUUCUCACUAAAAUGGUCUGAAUUUGUUCAUGACUUGAAUUUUGAAAAUCUGAAUUCUCUGAGUUUUAAAUUUAUCUUGAAACAGAUUUUUGACGUUCCAGAGGAUCAAACAGCCGACCUCAGAUCAGCUGUUACUUCUGACCUCUGACCUCCUCACAGCUUCCUCUGAUCUCUCUGCAGCGACAGUUGAAUGUUGGGCUGAUACAAUUUCUGUUGCAGAAGCUCCGGAUUCAUAGAAGAAAAAUAAUCUGCAUGUUUGAUGUGAAGGAGAUUUAUUUCUAUUUUUAUAAUCAGAGUUUUUACUGAUUAUAAAGUUUUCUCUUUAUAACAAAUUAAGAAAAGUCUGCGGAUGUUUCCUGAGGAAGAGUCGCCAGUCUGCGCCAAAACACAUUAAUCAAAGCAGAUUAAUUUAUUUCUCUAAUCCAAAGGUCAUUGUGUUGUUGUUGUUGUUCUGGGGACUAGGGUCGGAUCAUGUUGGGGCUGUUUGCACUGUUGAAGCCAUAAAUUCAUUUGUUGAACAAACUGCAGAACUCGUCACUCUGCUGCUUCGACCAAUCAGAGUCCUUCUCACUCUGCUCCAGCUCUGCUGAUUGGCUACAGACUGAUGGAUGUGGAGCCUUUGAAAAUAUUUCUGGACUACAACCAGAGCUUCCUGCAGAGCUAUGGAUCUGAGACAGAGGAAGAAGUAUCUCCAGAACUUAUCAAGAUGUAAUGAAAAAGUAGUUCAGAGAAAAAACCUUGAAGAACUUGAGAAAAACCAAAUAGAUGCAUACGUGGUUAUCAGGGUUCACUCACGGCUUCACAGGAGGAUUCUGGGUGUGAAGGAGCUUCAUGUUUCUCAGAGGCUUAAUCUUUAAAACUAUGAUCCCAUAAAAACCUGACGAUGACUUUGUGUAGUGUGUUCGAUACCUCGACUGUUUCCCCGCCUCUGCCUUCUCCCGAUUGGACAAUUGACUCUCUACAGUGACGAGAACCAAACCUGAACCCUUGAGUUGUUAUCACGUACAUGAAGCUCAACAAGGUGGACUAACUGAGUCCAUUCCAGUCAAUCCAUAAAGCCAUAAUUCUCCAGGGGGCGCCGUGACGUCACUCACACACACACACACACACACACACACACCCCAACAGGAUCCCUAUAACAUGUUUAUUUAACACAGCUCCCCCUGCAGGUCUCUGCUGGUUCCAGCAGGUCUGUGGUGGUCUUGAAGGUUUCUGGUGGUCCAGCAGGUCUCUGUUGGUCCAGCAGGUCUGUGGUGGUACAGCAGCACCCCCUACAGGUGGAGCAGCAGAGCAGUGAGCAGCAGGUCUUCAGUAUUCUCUCACGGUACAGAGUUUCUGACAGUAUUUUAAUUAUGUUUUUAUUAGUUUUUAUUAUUUUGUUUUGCACAAAUUUCAAUAAGCACUUAUGUUUUUUAUUGAUGACAAUGUUUCUAUGACAACGAUAAUGUAACCAAAGCAUUGAAGCACAGUUCCUGUUGGAACAGACACAGCAGUCUGUCUGUACGUUAUUAACCUGAACAGCCAUUAAACACAGCAUUAGUAUUAUUAA